GACAGAUCUCUCUAUACGGGCUAAGGGAGGGAAGAUGAUGAGCGAGGCGCGGCGUGCGCUGAUGGACGAGCAGUUACGUGAGUCUGACGCCCCCGCGCCGGCUCAAGCGAGAGAUGUUGCUCCGGAUCCAUUGCCGAAGCGGCUGUCAGACUUGAGAGAUCCCCACUCAUCAGGAUUCAUCACAGGUGGGGCGCAGAGGCGCUGACACACAUACAGGAGUUCAACUGCAUGGCAUGGAUUCGUUCGACUUGAAUGUGUUCGUUCAGCUGACCAGGUGCGCACGAGUGUGAGCCUCCGCCUUGACAGUUAUGGAUCGGUACGCAUGGGCAGACAGACAGACUGACAGACAGACAAGACACAUUGGCUGACCAUGCACUGCAGCAAUGAGUGCAAUGCACUGCAUGAUGCCUUACUUGUUGUCUGCCCUCACUCAAUGACUGACUGCUUUGAUCAGAUAGCCCUGGCCGCCACGGUGCGUUCGCACUCACCAAACACACACGGCCGCCCCUCCAUUCACACACACAGAUGAGAUGCGUGCAGCCAUGCAGCCAGGCAGGCAGGGCACAAUACAGCACAGCAGUGUAUCUUGUCAUGCUUUGGUUUCCGUGGUGUGUUGUGUGUCAACCAGGUGUUCGGUGGGUAUGGGUUGUAUCCGCUGAUCGGUCUGAAUGAGUCCACAUGGAACUCCCAGUACCUCUUCACUCUGUACACUAGCGCCCUCCUGGCAGCCACCUGCAUGAACUGUGUGUGAGCCGGGGGGGUGGUGGACACACAGUUCAGUCAGCCAGCCAGGCUGCACUGCACUCACUGCAACCAACAUGCCAUGCCCCACAACUGCAGACAGGCCCGUGAUGUGUAUGUAUGUAUGUAUGUAUGAAUGUGUGUUGUGUGUGCAUGUCUGUCUGGUCUGUGUGUAGGUUUCUCUAUUCUGGUCUUGACGUGGCUGCAGUACAGCGGCACCCGCCUCAUAGCUGAUGGCAGCUUUGCCGUCGUCACAUUCUUGAGAAACACGGAUGGGCCCAGGAAAUCUGCUGUGCGGGCAUUCGUCACCAGUGGUGCGCUACGCUGCGCUGCGCUGCCUGGCUGCCAACACACAACACACAACACCAGAUAUAGUAUCGAUCUUGAUGGUGUGUGUGUGUGGAUGUGUGUCUUGUCUUGGAUCAGUUCCUCUUAUCCUUGUGGCAAUGGGGCUGCAGAGUAAGUCAGUAAGUGGGUGACCUGACCCAUGCCAUGAAUGUAGUAAUGUGUCCAGGGAGGUGUACACACCACACGUGUGUAGGAUUGAUUGGUUGCCUGCCUGCCUGAUCACACGGUGUGUGGGGCUGUGCUGGCUGUGCUGUGCUGUGUGCUGUGCUGUGGUGCGUGCAUGGAUGCAGUAGUGGACAAGACGGAUCAGUUGACCUUCACCAUAGCGGUGAUAGCCAUCGCCCUUGCCUCCAUUGGCAUGACAGUUGUACUGCUUCGUAUCAAAGGUACGGAUGGACGGACGGUAGGUAGAUACACAGGACAGCCAAGCCACACGAGUUCGAUUUGAUUGAUGUUCGCUCCCCCAUAUAUCCAUUGCUCGCCGCCUGCCUGCCUGCCUGGCUGCAGCUGUGUACCACAUGGUCAAGCUUGAGUCCCCCUCGACUCCCUUGGUGGAGCUGCAGCAGCUGCACCACCUCGCCCACCACGCGGCCCAGGCGGCGGACAGCGACGCCGAGGCAGCCGAGAUCAAGUCCGAGAGUGGCGUGCGGGAGAUGGCUGGAGGCCGCCUGCCACACGCACCCGCCCCUCUGGAGCCGAGACACUACCGCACCCCUGUCUACUACGGGCCCUCGGAGAAGGCUGCUGGUGCCAGGCCAGACGGCAGCCAUUCCAGAUAGAUACAUAGAAAUGUGAAUUCGGCGCUGGGGGAUGCGGCGCGGGAUCUGUCUGUCGACGAAUCGACUGACUGACUAAGACGAGGGCUUAGCUUGUGUAUGUGGAUGUUAUGGUUGAUUGAUGACACAGAAAGACCGACAAGCGUCGGUGUUUCUUGUGGGGUGCGUGUGCUCCUGGUACAGUGGAGUGUCAGUGGGUAUAGACUGUGUCAGUCAAUUGGAC